CUAUAAUAACUAGGAUAUUAAAAAUGGCAGAUUCUUGCACGUUCUCUUCUCUUGGUCUAUCAAGUUGGUUGGUUAGACAGUGUGAGGGUCUUGGAUUCAAAGAGGCUACUCCAGUACAGAAGAACUGUAUCCCGCCAAUAAUGGAAGGAAGGGACUGUAUUGGUUCUGCUAAGACUGGCAGUGGAAAGACAGCUGCAUUUGCUCUCCCUAUACUUCACUCACUGUCACGUGAUCCUUACGGGAUAUACGCAUUAGUUUUAACGCCCACUAGGGAACUUGCCUAUCAAAUUUCGGAUCAGUUUUGCGUUCUCGGCAAGCACAUUGGUGUCAAAAGUGAAGUAAUUGUUGGUGGAGUUGACAUGAUGGUUCAAGCUUUAGCAUUGUCAAGGCGACCACACAUUGUUGUGGCAACUCCGGGUCGUCUGGCAGAUCACCUGCAAAGCACUGAUACUGUUUUUAUGGAGAAAAUUAAAUAUUUGGUAUUAGAUGAAGCUGAUAGGCUAUUAGAGAAAUGCUUUGAGGAUGAUUUGAGUGUCAUAUUUGAGAGACUGCCAGAGAAGAGGCAGACACUGUUGUUCAGUGCAACACUCACUGAUAGUUUAAAUAGACUAAAAGAACUAUCAACUACACCUCCUUUCUGCUGGGAAGCACCAAAAGAAAUUAGUACAGUUGAUUCCCUUGAUCAACAUUAUGUACUGAUUCCUGCUCAGGUAAAGGAUUGCUAUUUGAUAACAUUGCUGGAUCAGUUUCAUGAUGUUGAUAAGAAAACAAUCAUACUAUUCACUGAUACAUGUAGAAAUUGUGAAAUAUACGGUCUCUUAUUAAAACAAUUAGAGUUUCCGAAUGUCACUCUACAUUCGCUGAUGACGCAAAGACGGAGACUCUCUUCAUUAGCAAUGUUUAAGUCAAGACAAGUUAGAAUAUUGGUAGCUACUGAUGUUGCUAGCAGGGGUUUGGAUAUUCCACUAGUGGGUGUGGUCAUCAAUCUAAACAUACCAGCCUCUUCAAAGGACUACAUUCAUCGUGUUGGUCGCACAGCAAGAGCUGGUCAUGGAGGUCAGGCAAUUUCUCUCAUGACCCAAUACGAUGUAACAAGAGUUAAGAAUAUAGAAAAUGAUAUCAAAACUGAAUUAGUUGAGUAUCCCAUAGAGGAGGAUAUAGCAUUGAAGAAUUUAAGUGUCGUGACAAUGGCUAAGAGAGAAGUUGAUAUAAAACUAAGUGAAACUGAUUUUGGUAAGAAAAGGCGUACCAAUAUCUUAAAAAGAAAGCAGCUCUUAAUGAAACAUAAGAUGCUAAAGAAGAAAAGAAAACAAAGUAGAAAGAACAGCAACUCAAAUUAGAUCAAUUUAUUUAUUGCAAGAAGUAGUGUUUAAUUUGUCUGUGACUAACUAUUUUUCAAGUUAAAAACCAA